CUAUGCAAAAUAGAAAAACUUAUGAUGACUGGGUGAAAAAGUGGAUAACUCAAUCAAUUUCCGUCUUAAUAAUGAUAGAUAUAAUGACUCGCACAUCUAUUGCAAAUGCAUAUCCCAUUUUUGCACAGCAAGCUUAUGAGAAUCCUCGAGAAGCAACUGGGCGUAUUGUAUGUGCAAAUUGUCAUUUGGCUAAAAAACCUGUGGAGAUUGAAGUUCCACAGUCCGUGCUUCCUGAUACCGUUUUUGAAGCAGUUGUUAAAAUACCCUAUGAUAAGCAAAUAAAACAAGUUCUUGCUAAUGGCAAGAAAGGGACUUUAAAUGUAGGAGCUGUUCUUAUUUUACCCGAAGGUUUCGAAUUAGCUCCUCCGGAUCGUAUUUAUCCUGAGAUUAAGGAAAAAAUAGGUGAUCUUUAUUUUCAAAACUAUCGUCCCAAUCAAAAAAAUAUUCUAAUAAUAGGUCCUGUUCCUGGUCAAAAAUAUAGUGAAAUUGUAUUUCCUAUCCUUUCACCAAAUCCCGCUACUAAUAAAGCAGCUCACUUCCUGAAAUAUCCCAUAUAUGUAGGUGGUAAUAGAGGAAGAGGACAAAUUUAUCCCGAUGGGAGCAAAAGCAACAAUACAGUCUAUAACGCUUCAGCAACGGGUAAAGUAAGUAAAAUUGUGCGUAAAGAAAAGGGUGGAUAUCAAAUAACUAUUGAUAAUCCAUCAGACGGUCGACAAGUGGUUGACUUUGUACCUCCGGGACCGGAACUUCUUGUUUCAGAAGGCGAAUUCAUCAAGGCGGAUCAGUCGUUAACGAAUAACCCUAAUGUGGGUGGAUUUGGUCAGGAAAAUGCAGAAAUAGUACUUCAAGAUCCUUUACGUGUUCAAGGUCUUUUAUUAUUCUUAGCAUCUGUCGUUUUAGCACAGAUAUUUCUGGUUCUUAAGAAGAAACAAUUUGAGAAAGUUCAAUUGGUCGAAAUGAAUUUUUAGGCGCAUAAAAGUGAAUCUCCAUCUUAUGGAUGAUUCAUGCAAUUAUGUAAAUAAAAAUUGCAAUAAUAAAGUCAUACUUUUUCGGAGCCCUUCAUUUGCCCCUUCCCUCUGUUCGAAUAUAUUGAUUGAUUGUGAAGAAUGAGGAGAUAUAAAUAUGUGCAUCUUUAAUAAUGAGUGAUUCAGGAACAAACUUGUUAAACAGUGAGUUCCCUAGUUAUGCGCGACAUUCAAUAUUAUAUAUAUGUUAUCUUUUUUCACCUUGAUUUAUCAUAUUCAAAAUCAAUAAAUCAAAGCAUAAAUAGAAGGAAGGAGAGAAUUUGGUAAUCUUGGCUUACUAUUUUCGCUGAUUUUAUAACUUAUCCUACUCCUUGAAAAAGUAAAAAGUAAAAAUAUAUAUAUAU